ACCAAAGCAAUUUGGUUCGUGUGUUUCUUUCGGUUAAAAUAAAGCAGAUUUUUCAUCAUAUUACAAAUACGCGACAGUGAAAUAGAGUACCACCAUGGAUGAGCCCAACAAGCCGUACGAUGCCGCCAUCGGGGGACACAUUGAACUCAAGCAUAGGGUCGAUCCCAUCGCCUUCUCCGAGGAACGCAAAGCGGAAAUUUGUCAGAUGAUCCAGGACAUGACCAUCAAGACGCACCAGCGAAAACUAGUGCACCAGUCGAUGCCGCUCCACAUGCGCCGCCGUGCUGCGACGCACAGUGUGAGGCGGCUGCCGCGAAGAUUCCGCGCCGUGCACAAUGCCCAGUUCAGCAAGAGCGGCGUGCCGGAGAAGAAGAAGCGACCGUCGCGCAAAUUCCGCCGGAAGGCAAACUAUCUGCAGCGGGAGUACGAGCGUCGCAAGCGCACGUCCGUGUGGCUGGAGACGCACGUUUGGCAUGCGAGACGGUUCCACAUGGUGCACCGAUGGGGCUACAAAGUCGCCCACCGACCGUGCAAUAAAUUCUACCGUGCGGCGUAUCGCGCAACCGCCCGCCAUUGCCUAGUGCACGAUCUGUCCUACGAGGGAUGCAUUGAGAUUCGGGGCGACGAAGCGACACUAAAGGAGGGCUUCCGGAGGAUGUGCAGCGAGAAGGUUGGCCUAACGCUGGUGGCGAAAUCGUUCACCGCGGGCAAUCGGGCCGGUUUCGUGUGGCUGUACGAGGACGGUGCCUAUCCUUACCGUUGCCUCGGCAGAGUGCGGUUUUUGUGGCGUUGUGCCGAAGACCAAACAGCCGAUGACCGACGUACUGUUUGGAUCUUUGCACAUCCAACGUUCUAUCGGAAAUUGGUUAUCCAGCUCGUCAACAUUUUCAAGCUCACCAACGCAGAACGCGAGACCGGCUCGGACCCGCAGGACAUUACGCAGAACCCUUUCAGCAUCCGGUUUCCACGGUACACCGCGACCGAGGGAAACGUUGAGGUGAUCGAGCUCAAAGAUACCAUCAAUCGGUUCUUUCUAACUGGUCCCCUCUCACAGGCAAUUAUUUCGAAGGUGUUAAAAGUUUACAGUAAACCGGAGAAGGAUGGACACGCCACCAAAAACUGGUUCACAAAAUAUUCUAAGAAAACCAAAUCCGAGUGCAAAAGUAUUCUUGAACAGCAAGCGACCUACUGGGAGGCCAUUAAAGACCUCACCUCACCGGGUGAGUUAAGCCCCGGUGAGGUGCUCGCGUUGCUUGUCGAAGACCCACGGAUUAAUCGGCCGAAGAAACGCACGAAAGCGCUGCCAGUAAAAGUCCCUGAGCGGUACAAUUUUACCGUCGAACAGGAACCGGCUACCCGGGGACCAAUGUGUAGCAUCUCCCCGCUGUGGGACGAAACAAUCCGGAAUCGAGUGACGAGCGAGAUGAAAACGAUGCACGAACUGAACCAAAUCCGUGCCGCCGAAACGCUCGUCCCCGGCGAACGGUGUGUGUCGGAAAAGUGGCUUCAGCCCGUGCCGGUGCUUCUGCUACAAACCCCCGGCUCACAGGAUGCCAAUUACAAGCGGCUCGGUUAUGGGUCCGGGUGGGAACUGUUGGUACCGGCCGGGUACGGUCUUCCGAUGUGGCACUCGCUCGUAUUGUGGGGAGCAAAAGCGGCCGGUCAGGUCGAACUUGACAUGCUUGCCCUCGAAUCGGGCCAGGACCGAUGUGGCGUUCCCGAUACGGAGCUCGGGCGGGCCGAAGCGGAUAGGAUCCACGCGGAAGCAGUUCGCCGGUACUUCAACCUACCGAACAACAAGCGCAUCAACUACACGAAGCUCGCUAUCGCGUCCCCCUUCCGUUGUCCUUGGGCUCAGCUCGUCCAGGAGUGGGGCAACAACCGCUUCCCCUCCACCAACUCGUCCGAGGGCCAGUUUUUCGUCCUGCGCGAUCAAGAUGUGUUGGGUAAGCUCAAGCACGCAUUCCAACGGAAGGUUAACGUCUCUUCCAUUGGACUUGCACCAAACACGCUCGUCCCGCUUUUACUCACGCUAAAAGCCCGCGGUAAUCCGGGCGAUAAUGCCCUCAUCUGCCUACCGAAACGGGAGGAUUUACGGGCGAACAAAGUGAAUCGCACCGUCAACCGCCGUGACGCAGUGUACACCGAACCACUGCGGACCGAUCCAAAUGCCCAGCAGCGGAAAACGCUUCGUACGGAACAUUUGCGAACACUCAAACGGCUGCGUAGUCGGCGGGUGCGCGAAAAGAAGCGCAAGCAACGAGCCACUCCUGGUGCGUUGGUGCGUAUCGCUAAGGCCAGCAAUCGGACGCUGGUGGAGGAACAGUUGCGGCGAAUGGCGGACCUGUGGAUACCGGCCCGACCGGACACGGUACGCAAUCAGUGCUCCCGUGAGUGCUUCGGGUACGUGACGCAGUGUAGCUUCAGUCUUUCGGAGGGCAAUGUGACCGGCAUAGGGUACGUGACGGCCAAAGGAUUUGAAAAGUUGUUUAAAAUUUGCAGCAAAGGUACGCCGAAGGUGCUGGUACGUGGGAUCAAGUCGAGAAACUAUCGGUUUGCCAGCAUCCGCCUAUUAACGCAAUGGUCCUAAAAGAAUCGUUGAAGGGAAGGAAGUAUGAAAAUUAAAUUGGUUUAUCCUACAAGAACUAAGCCUACCUUGAUUGAAUAUCGUUGAUAAGAUGAACUAAAAAUGUAUCGAAAUAGAAACAUUUGAAGAAAUUUACAUCAAAUUGCUUUGUUUACUUGUUGAAGGGCCAUGGUGGGUUGCUUUGAUCCAAUUUGUCGUCAUUUGCUAAGAUUAUUCAAAAGCAGGGAAAUACAAAUAAGCACGCCACGAUGGAUAGAGAUGAUG